AUGACCAGCUCUCCGCAGCAACCUUUGACCUUCCUCAUCACUGGUUGUUCCUCAGGUUUUGGUCUUCUGCUCUCCAGGCUUGUCCUUGACCAAGGCCACAACCUCAUCGCCACCUCCCGUUCUCCCUCGAGAACUCGCGAAGUCGUCGACGAGAUUCUUUCCCACCCCGGUGCCGGAACCCGCCAGUGGCUGGAACUCGAUGUCAACGACCCAGUGAGAUGCCACGAGCUCAUCAACGACCUGGAAACCUCCAACGGUACCGCCAUUGAUGUACUGGUCAACAAUGCUGGCUUCUGCAUCCUUGGCCCUGCAGAGCUGCUGGAAGAAGACGAGUUGAGAGAGAUGAUGGACACAAUGUACUUUGGUCCCGCUCGUCUUGCACGGCUUGUUCUUCCGUUCAUGAGACAGCGGAAGAAGGGUGUGAUUGUGAAUAUGAGUAGUGGGGCUGGGUUGGAAGGAAGAGAGAGCAUGGCUGGCUAUGCGGCUGCUAUGGCGGCGCUGGAUGGUGAGACUAUACCAGGUACAAUGGAGGUACGAACGAAAGAUGGUGAUUCAAAGAAAGCUGCCAAGGCAGUCUAUGAUGUUAUUGUUGGUGAGGGGGUGGGUUUUGGAAAAGAAAAGGAACGAAUGUUGCCUCUGGGAAGAGACCUCGAUAAAAGACUCAGGGAGGUUAUCGGGGGGUAUCAGCAUGCCUUGGACGUUUUUGGGGACAUCUGUAACAAGGUUCACAAAGAUUGA